AUGGAAUUCGAAACAGAUGAGCAACUUCCUCCUACCUUCGAGCCAUAUGUGGCCACCCCAUUGGAUCAUUCUAUGACACCAACUCACCUCGCAGCUUUUCUCACUUUCUCUCUUGAUAAGCCCUUCAAAGCCAUCCCAAUUCUAGAGGCUGGAGUCACACGCCUCGUCAGAUACUUACCCUUUCUGACUGGAAAUGUCACGUUCUCGACCCUAAUACCACACAAGGAGAAUGUCUUCGAGAUACAACCCCCAACAAAGCAAUUCCUAUUGGAACAUCCCAUGCUCAAGAUAAAGUAUCACGAACAGCCCAUUUUCUCCCAACAAUCGUCUCUGGUUGUGGCACAGGACAUCGUUCUAAGCGAGGACAUUAUCCCGAUCCCCUUCGCGCUGGCGGAGGACUACCCAAGUCCCAUCUUCAGAUUUCAAGCCAAUGUCAUGCCAGACGGAAUCAUUCUCUGCUUCAACUUCCACCACACGGCGAUAGAUGGCAUUGGGAUAGCUGGUAUCAUGGACGCGCUUGCAGUGUGCUGUCGGGAUCCAGAUGCGGUCACCGAAGCGCGGUCAAAACUACGACCAAAGCUGCCACUAUCGUACAUCGGCAACGCGGUGAUUCUUCAGCCAGUAUACACACCUCUCACAGCGAUUGUUUCUUCCACGACUAGUUCCAACUAUAACACUCACAUCACACCCCGACUUGACUACGACGAUAUCAAGCUCCUCGCUGAGCUUACAAGUUCAGUCCACACUGCUCUUGGUUCUGUUUGCGACGAAACUAUCCGGGAACUGAUCUCAGCCAUUGCCGCGAGCAACAACUGGGCUGCAAAUCCUCGCCCGAACGACGUUAUAAUUAGCUCGCUGCGGAGCUUCCCAACUUACUCACUUGAUUUUGGACCGGGAUUCGGACCAGUGAGGGAUUUUGAUAUGCCAGAACGUCGUAUUCCUGGUCAGGCGUGGAUUAUGCCAGCACGGUACAAGGGCCAGUCUUCACCCUGGGAAGUGAGGCUGGCGCUGGAUCCUGGGGUUAUGGGAAAUAUUGAGAAGGAUAGGUUGAUGACGUGGCUUGGGCCGAGGGAAGUAUCCAAGGUGUGA